CACAAGUAAAUGGGUUGGGCGGGCAUAAUGUUCCAACAGUUCUGGAAAGAGCAUUUCGAGCAUUUCGUGCAUUUGUUGUACAGAGAUUGGUAAAUCCACAUGAAGUGAGCAAGUCCCUCAAGCACACACAAGUAUCCAACAACCUUAAAGCCUUAAUAGUGAACAUGGGUCGAUAUCUGAAUCAAUGCUGUUGCGGUUGUACCCUCCGAACCGGAGCCCUGAUCAUUGGUAUCAUCAGCUCCAUUGUGGCCAUCUUGGAUGUCAUUCGGUUCUUCUCUCAGCAUGAAGACCUCACCACAGCUCUGCCUCGCUUUGUGGUCACCAUCAUUGAACUGAUUGUGAGCUUGCUUCUGGUCUUCGGCGCCUAUAAGAACAAUGCCAAACUUCUCCUACCCUACCUGUUCUUCACCAUUGUGGCCUUGAUUGUCUAUGCGGUUUUGGGCGUCUGGUCUGGAUUGGCCAUUGUGGCCAACAACUUGGGUGCCGCCGUCUCCAUCUGGGUCACCACAACGAUCGUAUGCCUCCUGGCCUUAUUCUGUAUCUGGGUGGUGUAUUCGUUCCACGCUGAGCUGACCGGCAAGCUCGUCACUGUCAACACGGUCUAGAGAUGUGAUGUGUCACCAUUCAGUUUUCAGUUCCUUUUUUUCUGCUCUGGAGAAUCAUAUUUACCAAGGAUACCAAUGAAAUUACCAAUCCACUAAAACCUUGACUGCAAGUCGAAAUAAUAGCAUCAAAAAUAAUGUUCUGUCCUGAACAAAACGCGAAAUAUAUGUAAUUUUUAAUGAA